AUGAACCUCACCGAGGCGCAGGCCGAAAAAGUCCUAUCAACGUGGCGCAUCUCCCGCCUCGAGGACAUCCUCGGCCCCGAGCUGUCGCCGCGCUCCUGGAGCAACAACCUGCGCAAACACCUGUGCAUGCUCUGCCGCCUCGUCAACCUCGAGCAAGCCCGCAUCCUGCUGUCAAACGAAGUCACAGCCCGCCUGGCCAACCGCACCCGCAAUAGGGGCAUCCGUCGCGAUCACUUGAGUGAUGUUGAUGUCAUGCGCGUUCUUGAUAGACAGGAAGCUCAAAUACGAGGGCAUUCCGACGUCUACAGCCAGUACUCGCCCUCGCCGGCGGCGAACCAGCCGAUGAGGCGCCUGGACAGGGUAUCGGAAACCCCCGACUACACCCGCCCCUAUCCACCCGGGCCGAGUCCGGACCUCUCCGCCGACGCCUCAUCUUAUCACCCAAGUACGGCAUCAUCCCCCGCCUCAACCUCCGCCUCGACCUCCAUCACCACCGCCCCGUCUUCCAACCCACGCACAGGGCCUUCGUUACAAUGGUCCUCCACCGCCCUCCAACUCCUGGCGCGCAACGCCGCAGCCGGCAGCCGCAGUGACUACUAUGACGCCGGCCCGUCAACAUUCGACGAUGGAGAUCGUCGGAUGAGUCUUGGGGGACGAAGAUGGUACUCCCGCCCGCUCAUCGCCAAUACACGGCCUGCCAUCACAGACGCCGGCUUGGGCCUUGCCCCAACACUCCCGUCAAUCACAAAAUUCACAUCAACCGCAACAUUCACCAGCCCGGCAAGCGAAAUCGUGGUCCAAAUUCCAGAAACGAAAACCGGCACACUCGCUAGAGCGACCAACUAUCGAGAGACGAACCGUCGAGAAACCAACGUCAUGGCCGCGCCGCCGCCAAGAGCCCGGUCUCCCACGACAGCAAGGACCUCUAGCAACUCGGUGGCACACACGAGAGCAGAGGAAUUGCCACGGUCUAGGCCCACCAGGACCACCGACGACCCAGAACCAAACACCACGGGCGUCGCAUCACCACGGCAAAGGCCACCUCCAAUAACGUCACUCAAGACCGAUACCUCGGCAAUCCGCGCCAUGACCGAACCGCCACAAAGAACGCAGACCACCGCUCCUACUACCACCACCACCACCACAUCGUCCUCAUCAUCCUGGAACAGUUUCCGCCCCGAAUCCCAUAUUCCCGCGUCAACCCCGCAAGGGCCAUGGCCGGGGACUACAUCAAGAACAAACAACCCGCCAGAACACCGCCCAAGGCCCCCGGACCCGCCGCGGAGAAGCGAGAGCAGCACGACCCCCAUGACUGACGACACAGAAGGCAUCACGGUAGUAGAGCGCCACAAGAGGAAGCGGGAGAGCAUGAUGGCCGACCUCGAGGGCGACAUCGAGAAGCUGGGGUACAGGGUCGACAUACAGCGGACAACGGUCAAGCUCCGCCAGCACGAGUAUGCUCAGGAGCAACGACACCUGGAGGCCGCCCGCGCCAAACUCGAGAGUCUCUCAUCGGGGGACGCCGUCGCCGCCCAGAUGGACCAAUUUCAGGGCUUCCUCGCAGGCCUUGACGAUCUCGUUGCCAGAUACCCCGCCGUACUUCACGCGCACGACGACCACAGCGCCAACGACAUGGGUCGAGCCCUGGCAUCGCCGUCUCAGCCGCCGGAGGAGACAGACAUGGGCCUUCAACCCGGCAUGCUCUUCGACGCCCUGAAGAGGGCCGUCAGGGUCAAGAUGGACUCAGCAGCACAUCAAACAGAACGGCUACAGGAUACGAGAAGGGUGGGUGAAAGAGAGCUUAGGGUGGCCCAGGCCGCCGUGGACGAGACGUUGGCAACACUGGAGCGUGCAAGGGAGGACCUUUCCAAGCUCGAGGAUGACCUGCACUUCUUGUCAAUUGAAAAGGAGCGUUUGAGCGACAGGUUUGGUUCUUAG